UGGAGGUUUCUAACUCUGGGUCAGGUGUGCUGAGAUUCAGCAGCAGAAAGCCUGUCUUUCUUAGCCCUGGCAGUCAUGCUGCUCAGCAUAAAUACUUUAAAAUGUCAGUAAUUUAUGUGUAGAGAGAAAUAUGACUGCUUUACAGCUUAAAGAGCUUUCACAUUCAGGUCUCUACAGGAGAAGACGAGAUCGUGCUGAUAGUUUGAGAGUAACUGGGGAGGAAGAGCUAAGUAACAUGGCCAAUGCCCUUGCCAAUGCUAUCUGUGAGCGCUGCAAGGGGGGUUUUGCUCCCGCUGAGAAGAUCGUAAACAGUAAUGGCGAGUUGUACCAUGAGCAGUGUUUUGUGUGUGCUCAGUGCUUCCAGCAGUUCCCAGAAGGACUUUUCUAUGAGUUUGAAGGAAGGAAGUACUGUGAACAUGAUUUUCAGAUGCUCUUUGCACCUUGCUGUCAUCAAUGUGGUGAGUUCAUCAUUGGCCGAGUUAUCAAAGCAAUGAACAACAGCUGGCACCCUGAGUGCUUCCGCUGCGACCUCUGCCAGCAAGUCCUGGCAGACAUCGGGUUUGUCAAAAAUGCUGGCAGACAUCUGUGUCGCCCCUGUCAUAAUCGUGAGAAAGCCAGGGGCCUUGGAAAAUACAUCUGCCAGAAAUGCCACGCCAUCAUUGAUGAACAGCCUUUGAUUUUCAAGAAUGACCCUUACCAUCCAGACCAUUUCAACUGUGCCAACUGCGGGAAGGAGCUGACUGCUGAUGCCCGGGAGCUGAAAGGAGAACUGUAUUGCUUGCCAUGCCAUGACAAAAUGGGAGUCCCCAUAUGUGGCGCUUGUCGAAGGCCCAUUGAAGGGCGCGUGGUAAAUGCCAUGGGAAAACAGUGGCAUGUGGAGCAUUUUGUUUGUGCCAAGUGUGAAAAACCAUUUCUUGGACAUCGCCAUUAUGAAAGGAAGGGCCUGGCAUAUUGUGAAACCCACUAUAACCAGCUAUUUGGUGAUGUUUGUUUCCACUGCAACCGUGUUAUAGAAGGUGAUGUGGUCUCUGCUCUUAAUAAGGCCUGGUGUGUGAACUGUUUUGCCUGUUCUACCUGCAACACUAAAUUAACACUCAAGAAUAAAUUUGUGGAGUUUGAUAUGAAACCAGUCUGUAAGAAGUGCUAUGAGAAGUUUCCGCUGGAACUGAAGAAAAGACUUAAGAAACUAGCUGAGACCUUAGGAAGGAAAUAACUUCCUUUAUUUUACCUUUUUCUCUUCUCUGCAAAGAUAAGGGAGUACCAACAUUAUUGAUCUGAUCCAUCCUACUUAAACCUGUCUCAGAAUAAUUGAGUGAAGAGGACCUAAAUGAAUGGUUUUCUUCAUCUCCUUUUUCUCAUUAAAAAAGAAAAAAUGUUUAUGUCAUCAUAUUUAAAAUAGAUGACAUCAAGAUUUGCCUUUGUUAAGAACAUUUACCAAUUUAUUAAAAUGAAGAUUAUACUUCAUAGCAAAAAAAUGCAUGCUUAAAUGUUAAAUUUUAAUUAAGGUCCAAAAAAUUAACUGCAACUUUUUUUUUUAUAUUACCACUUAGUCCCCUUCUACCACACUUCUUGAAAUCACCACACUUUUGUCCAUGUCUAUAAGUCCUUUUUUCCUUUUUGUUCUCUACAACUUUUGUUUUUAGUUGUCUUUUUAAAAUCAAAUACAGCUUUUUAAAAUGAGAGUAUGGAGUUGGCUUUUACAUGACUCAGAUUAAAAAAUAUAAACAUUAUUUUAUUUUGUACUCAAAACAAAAUUAAUUCCAACUGCUAUUGGGGAGUAUACAAGGGUGAAAAAUAACCAAGAAAAACAAGUCUUAAUGGAAUCUUAGCAUGUUUAUCAAACCGGUAGCUGUAAAAUGAAUAUACACGUUACCACGAAUCAAGUGUUUUCAGAACUACUUGAUUUGAUUUUUUUUGUUGUAAUUGUUAAAUGCAAUAAUUAUGCUUAGUUUUUUCAAAUUAUGCUUAGUUUUGUAUUUUGUUUUCCUUGUGAUUUCUUUCUUUAUACAGUUAACACAGUAGUUAUAGCUAGCUAAUAGUUUGCCUUUUUAAAAUUUUGUGCAAAAGUUUAUUCUAUGUAUUUGAAAUUACAGUAUUAUUUGCAGUAUUGGAAAAAUGAAAGUUUUUGUAUGUAUCACAGCAAUUAUGCUUUUAAGCUUAAUGUCAAAGAGUAGUUGUAGAAUAGGACAUGAAAUUAAAUUUUAUGUAGCUUGGAAUAUAUGAGUUAAAAAAAGUGAAUGUAUAUGUUCUGGUCAUAUUGCCUUUAUAAUCAAGUUAAUAUCUAUGCUUUAGACAUAAACUUGCCUUGCCUUAGAAAAACACAUAAUUUAAUCAGGAAUUCUAGCUGUUCUAUACAGUACCAACUAAAAGUAAAUGAAUUGGUUGAGGUUUAUAAACUCAGAUUUAUUUACCACAGCUGUGAUUGUAUUUUUAAAAUUUUUUAUCCCUCUUUGGGAAACAUUAAAAUUAACUUCUGCCAUCUUAUUAGAAGAGAAUGAUGUUGAUAGAUGUUUCAAGCUUUUCAUUUCAGAUCUAAUAAUUCAUUGGAUUUUAUUUGCUGUAAGUAAGAUGUAUAAAUGGCACUUUUAAAUUGGAAAAGGGAUGUUUCUCAACUUUAGGUCAAAAAUAGUGAAUUAUUCUACUUCAUAAAAUGUUUUAUUCUGGAGUUCCUGGAUCAUUCUUUCUUGAUAAAAUUGUAUGCAAAGCAUUUAGUCAUGAAUAUUAUUUGAGUGUUGCUGCUGCUGUGUUUUCAUUUAAAAGAAAGUUACCAAGAUGAGCUUUUAAGGGGAAAGUUAUUGUUUUUCCAAAAAUUACUAAAAUAUUGCUUUGCUAUUAAACAUACCAUCUCAGGAUGCUACUAUUCUGCCAUUAAAACAUUUCUCUGCAUGUAUUAAAAAGUGUAUGUAUGCACUUUACAGGGUAAAUCCUAUUUCAGGUUUCAGACAACUUAACAACCACUAAUUUAUUUUUAGUGUUCCUGAAAGAAUCACAAGUGGUUGAAAAAAUAAUUAAGUAUAUAGUUUAAGAUGGCAUGUGUUCAGAAGUUUAAAACAGUCUUUGCAUUUGACAGUAAGAAUCAAAAUCCCUCCAGUGUGCCUUUUUCAGCUAAUUUAUGACCAGCAAUGAAAACCUUGAAUGUGUUUAUUAAAUAUUAUACUAUGGAUAUAGGCAGAAUAGUACGGAGUUUGCAGUAGGGUCUUGAUGCUAAAUUCUAAAAUACUUCUACACCAGAAAUACAAAGCAGAAUAGCAACCAUUAUACAUAUACAUAUACAUAUACAUAUACAUAUACAUAUACAUCCUAUAUUCUUAAUCACUUUGAAGAUGCAUUGACUGAACUUAGCUGCUUUGUUUAUGUACCCUACAUAGCCAGGCCUCUCCUGCAGCUAGAGGUCCCAGUGCUCUCUUUGCUUAUUCUUCUUUUGAAAUACGAGUUAAUAUUUCCCAGAUGUUCAACUUGUUAGGGUAUUUUAUCUGGAUACAGUACUUCCUUAAUAAGGCUGUCAUUGGAGCCCUUACGUGGGAAGGAGGAAAAAGUUGAAAAACUGUAUUGGCAUAGAAGACAAAUUUGGUUUAGUUCAUAAUAUUUUUUGUGGGUCUUUCCUAGUGGUAAAAAAACUCGGGCUAGUAAGCAUCUCUUUGCUUAAAAGCUUGUUAAGCAAACAAGACAAUUUUAAAUAAUUUAUUGUUUUUACCAAAUUUCUAAGGCCUCUUUUCUUACCAAGCCUAGUUUAAUUGGAGGAAAUGUCUGGAAACAAAUAAAACAUUCUUGGGAUCAUAUUCUAAGCCUUAUUAUUAACAUUGUACUUGAAAUGAUAGGUCAUUUUGCCUUGCUUAUUUGCCAAAACAGCCAUUUCUAAGUUCAGGAAAUUUUAAUGUAAGCCAAAAGCAUUCUUACUGUAUUUCAUUUUAGAUUGUAAGCUCAAUGUCAAACACUGUAUUGCUAAUUAUGUUUUUAUAUCGCAACCUUUGCAGUAUACUCUUGAUACUUAAUAAAUGUUCGUAAUUAA